CGGGGCUUCCUCUCAGCCUAUUUGUAUUUAGGAGAGCAGACAGACGAUUUCCAACAGCUGAGCUGCUGCUGUCGCGUCUCUCAGCAAGCGUGAUCAAACUCCGCCGCCGGAGCAUUCAACUCGCGCUGCUGCUGCUGUGCCAAAGGCAAAAUACAGUAGGGAUAUAAGGCGUCCAGAAGCCGCCAAGAUCUUCCAAUCCGCUCCUCCCUCCGGAUCAAUAAGAGCCAGCAAGGUCCUCCCCUCUAUGGGCGGAAAAAGAGCCCGAUGCUGUCCCUGCCAGACGCGCUGGUCGCCGGGGCUUUACGCAAUCGGUUCCAAACAGCGCAGCGUGGCGGCCGCCGGUUUCUCCCCUUUGGGGAGGGGAAGUAGGUGGAAGAAAAUGCAAGAACUUGACAAGAUUGAAAUCUUGAAUCCAGAAUGGAUUUGCCAACCCAAAACUGAUGGCCAAAUUCAGAAUGGUACAAAGCAGAAUAAUUGUGUUGAUAACCUUUUUGAAGAAGCUCAGAAAGUUGGGGCCGUAUGCUCAGAGCAGGCUAAGGCCGAUACAAUUAUUACAUUAUGGAAAAAUGGGUUUACAAUAAAUGAUAGUGAACUCCGAAGUUACACAGAUGUUGCAAACCAGCGCUUCUUGGAUUCCAUUAAAAAGGGGCAACUGCCUCUUGAGUUACAGAAGAUCUGUGACAAAGAAGAGGUCGAUGUGAAGGUGGAUGAUAAGAAGGAUGAGUUAUAUAUGUCACCGAAGGCAGUAUUUCAUCCUUUCUCUGGAGCAGGGUAUCGAUUGGGAAGUGCUACACCUAGAAUAAUUUCCAAAGUAAAAAAAAAAAGGGAAGAAACUGAAAAGAGAAAACCGACAGUAGUGCUAAAUAAUUCAGAACCUAUCACUAGAAUCCAGAUUUGGUUAGCAGAUGGAGCAAGGAUAGUACAAAACUUCAAUAUUUCUCAUCGAAUAAGCCACAUCAGAGACUUCAUAAUUGACUACCAGAGAUAUCAAGGAAGAAGACCUUUCACACUGACUACUUCACUUCCUUUUCGAGAAUUAUUGAAUGAAUCUCUCACACUAGAGGAAGCUAACUUAAAAAAUGCUGUUGUUGUGCAAAGACUUAAAAAUAAUAUUGAGCCUUUCCGGAGUUUCUCUUCUUAGUAUUCUCUACCUAAAAGAAAGAACAGUUGCAGGAAAGGUCUUGGAAAUGUGGAAGACAAUAUGCAUACAGUAGGUCCCCAGUUGUGAUUAUUUUAAUGUAGAACAUUCAACUGUUAGUUGAGUGAUUUUAGCUGAAUCACCUCCACUUAGGAAUAGCAAUAAUUCCGGUCUUUUAUAUGAGAUCUACAAUGCUGCUUUGAAAAGGUAUGCAAUGUAUGCUGAACCCCAAAGGUUUUUUUUAUAUAUAUUUUGUUCGUUUGUUUUAAAUAGCCUGGCAGAAAGUAAUAGAGCCAACCCUACUGAACUGGGCAUUCUGUCACCAGUAAAGGAACGUGUAGGGAAAAUCUUGAAUAUUUCUGUAAGUUUGAAGUUGAAAAAAUUUUGAAAGCACAAUUUGACUUCAUUCUUGCUUACUUUUUAUCUGUUAUAGUUUGAUAUAUUUUAUUCUAUCAAUGCUACAGUAUGAUAUUGACAUAACUUAAUAUAUACAUUUCAUUUGUGCAGAAAAAUACCGCAGGUACAGUUUUUAAGUGUAGUGGCUGUUUCUUUUGAAAAUGUGUCUCCCAAUGUAUGCUUUAGGAUAUCAGAGGAGCAAAUGACUAAAACAGCAUCAUGUCACAACCUCUUUCAUAUGUAUAUAUAAUACACACACGAAAGAAUUGUGAUUCUGGUUUUACUAUUUUGACAAGUGUAUUCCCUAGGGACAUCUGACUGUACAUGUCGGAAUAAUUCCACAUGUAAUAAUUCCACUUUAAUUAUAUGGGCAUACCUCUGGAUAGACCUAAAUUUCAAUUGCAUUUUAUGCCAUUAAAAACAGAGAAAUACAUUAUCUGUAGUCCUGAAUUAUUUAUUUAGAACUCAGCUCUACUGCUUUACUCCUAAGGAAUGUUUCGGUUGUUAGUUUUCAGAUUGAAGCACUGAAUAAGGAGUCUGCCUACUACAGUAUAUGAGAAAUAACUUUCGGCUUUAAAAGGCAAGCCUUCUGCCUUUGGUUUUCUAAAUAGAAGCAAGCUUUGAGAACACGUUUCAAGCAACCAUUAAGAAAUGAAGCAGAUUUAAGUGCAGUAUUAGAACUACAUGUUUGAAUUGAUUCAAAGGCAGAUGGUUUAGGAUAUAAAAUACAGCUUUCAUCAUUGAAAAUGUCUUGGCAGAUGGCAGUUCUGGAUAGUCUCAUCUGGACUUGGAAGCUAAGCAAGAUCAGCCUUGGUUGCAACUUGAAUGGGGAAGCUGCCAGGGAAUUCCAAAGGUGUAGAGUAGGCAGUAAAUUUAAGAAACAAAAUCCCAUAAGGAAGAGGAAAACCAAUUCUGUACUGUUGCCAAAAUUUUGCAAAAACAUUUCAAUGAAAUUAUCAACUCAAACAGUAGUUUGUCAUUUAGGAAGUCUGAAAUCAUUAGAAAUACCUUUUAUCAUGUUGGUUUGAUGGGAUGGGGUUUAUCAAGUGGAAUCAUAUUAUUAAGUCCUCCUACCUACAAAAUUAUUCUCAUUAUUCAUUUAUUACAACUGACGUUUUAAAAAUGCUGGAUAUGAAAGAAACAAUAAUAAUCAUUUGAAAAAUUAUUAUCUGGCCUGAUAUCCAAAGGAAAAGGGGAUAAGAAGGAAAUUGGGCAGAAUCCUAAUUCUUCAAAGCUGUUGAUCAGGAGAAAUGGCCUGGAGGACGAGGAGGCAAGUCACAAUUGGGCCAACUUGCAGAGGAGAAUCCACCUUGCCUUCUGUGGAUAAUUCAAACAUGUAUUUUCCAAAACGUCCUGCUCUUGAUCACCUGACAAGGUCACUUUCAGGAACAAGAACAGCUGCAUGGGACUUGAACAUGGCUCCUGCCACAUUAGCAGGAACUAGAAUUGAAUAAUUAAGUCCGCCCCUGCUAUCAUAUUCAUUUUUUUUUAUUAUUAAAUUAAGAAGUAUAAGUGAGCUUUGCAGCUGGGACAUUUUUUUUCCUUGAUAAUCCAUCUCAGAAAAUAAGGCCGCCUUUCUCCAUCUGUGCUGCAACGAAGGCAUCAGACAAAUUAUCCCAGAAUACCUGUUGUGUGUUUUUUUUUAAUACAUCAGAAAUGGGAUUUUACCAUCAGGAUAUAUUACUUGGCCUUAUUUGUGAAUUCCAUUGUUCAUUGGUUGCUUUUUUUUUUGGCAUGGCUGGAUAUGCAUCCAAUUUAAUUUUUUUCCCGUUAUUGUGGUAUGUGAGCCAAGGCUUUUUAGGUUAUGAACUUUGGCUUGUAACUUAAGAAUGAUGUGUGAACCCAGCCAGUAAUGUCUAACUUAUUAACUCAUCAUUGAAUAAAUCUUGGCCUAGGAAAGUAUACAUCCAGUAUUUUUUGUCUCUAGAUAACUAUGUUUUAGCAAAAGCACAUAAAUUUAUAUACCGUUUCACAGUGCUUUACAGCCCUCUCUAAGCUGUUUACAGAGUCAGCAUAUUGCCCUCAACAAUCUGGAUCCUCAUUUUACCAAUCUUGGAAGGAUGGAAGGCUGAGUCAGGAUCAAACUGCUGGCAGUCGGCAGAAUUAGCCUGCAAUACUGCAUUCUAACCACUAUGCCACCACACCUGGGUGAUUUAGGUCACCCAAAUCCUGUGGAGUUACUUUUUUUACCUUUUUUCUACACCUUUCAUUUUAGUGUAGGUUAUGCAUCAUAACCUACACUAAAAUGCUGAUGCAUCAUAAUGGUGCAGUGGAUAGCCAUGGGGCUUUCCUACAUCCCAAGGCUAAACGUAAGAGAUCCUGCUAGAUUCAAACUAAGUAUAAUGCUUGGCUUUAUUUAAUUUUUAUGGAUUGAGCCAAUUAAUAAACCAAAGUAAAGCAAAAUAAGGCUUUGCGUGGUAUAUGACGUGGAUCUCCUCCAUCUGCAAAUUACCUCUAGCUAGCGACCAAGAGGAGGAGCUAAGAGUCAAAGCUGACUAAUAUCAUCCCUAGACCAAAAUGAAUUUUAAGCAUUCUUUAAAAAAAUAUUUUUAUGUAUGGAUGUGUGCAUGUAUUUUUUAAUUGGUUAAAUGCUUUAACACUAAACUAGCUGAUAAUAAAUGAUAUUAUGAUCCUCCAAGUCCCUUGGAUUUUGCAAAAACCAAUAUGGAAUAUAGACUCACAAUUUGAAACAGAAUAUAAUGUCAUUUCUAUUACCAUUGUAUCUUCUUUUGUGUAAGAAUUGAUUUUACUGAUGCAGACUAAUGGGGAUUUUUAUUUGUAAAUUCCUGCAAUGUAAUAAAUCUAAACAUUCUUCAAAAUCAUUAAAACUUUGCAAGGUUUACAGACUUCCCUA